AUGUGCAGCUUGAAAAUCGAUAAAGGUUUUCGAUUAGUUAUCAUUGGUGCUGGACCUACUGCAAUCGGUGUGUUGCAUCGUAUUUAUUCAUUGAUAACAGAAGGAACAAUAUCGGAAGAAGAUAUACAGAUCACUGUUCUGGAAAAAGAAGAUGAAGUUGGUGGUUUGGCAAGAUCAGUAACCGAUGAAAAAGGUUUUACAUGGGAUUUGGGUGUGCAUGUUUUCGGUGUAUCAAAGUACCAGGAAUUCGAAGAAGUUAUUGACUCUGCUGUGAACAAAUGGAAUAAAGUUAGGCGUUCAGUCAAGGCCGAUUUAGCUCAUCUAUUUAAAAGCGACAGUCCGUGCAGCAAUUACGUACCCUAUCCUGUUCAACAUUCUAUUCCCUAUUUCCCACCUACUAUUAGACAGAAAUGCAUUAAUGAAUUGAAAAAUCUUCAAGGCCUAUCCAUCAACUGUUCGAAUUUUGCUGAAUACAGUGCAAAUAUAUUUGGAAAUACAUUGUUGGAUAUCUUUAUUAGGCCGUACAAUCGUAAGCUGGAAGAAAUGAACGCAUUUUGGGCGUGGAAUCGAGUACCAACUAUCGAUUUGUCUAGUAUUGAAUUACAUUGUGGCCGAAGCAGACAGGAACUUGAGGAUGAUUUUAAAUCAUCUAUGACGUGUUUCAGAUAUCCAAAAGACUAUAAAGGUGUGGGUAAAAUUUGGAAAAGAAUUGCUCGACGAUAUCCGGAGUCCAUUUUUCAUUUUCAAGAAAGAGUGCGAAGGAUUGAUAUUGAAGCAAAAAAGGUAAUUACUGAAGAUUUAAAUUGUGAGACACAUUCGUAUGAUUAUAAUGCUAUACUAUCUACCUUACCGAUUCCUGAAUUAUCGAAGAUCUCCGCUGCAAUUAGCGAUGUGAACUUAAAAUAUUCCAAGGUGGUCCUUGUUGGUCUUGGUUUAAAACAUCCGCAGUGUGAAUGGACUCAACUUCUAACAUGGGCUUAUUUUCCAUUACCUGAUACUAUUUUUUAUAGAUGUACUUUCUUGUCCAACUUCAACGAUAACUUAACACCAGAUUGCAAUCAAUUCUGGUCAGUUCUGUGUGAAAUUGGAUUGGAAGCUGAUGCAAAUUUUGUCGAAGAAGAAGUGAUAAUUAAAGUAAUUGAAGGUUUGAAACUUAAAGGCAUAAUAGCUGAUAAUAACGAGAUUGUUGACAAAUGGUUAUGUAUCUUGCCAUAUGGAUAUCCCAUUCCAACUGUUGACAGAGACAAGGAGUUACGACGCUGUCAUGAAACGCUUCAAGCAAGCGCAUAA